ACAGCACCUGAAAAAGAGAGAGACAAGAGUUCAAGCAAGGAUGAAGAAAUUCAAAGGGGGUCUGUGCCUUGUGCUGAAGAUGGUGGAGUGGUUUUCUCCAGUAUUAGAGUAACACACAAGAGAGGAGCAGCUGCGGUGGCAGAUGCAAAGAAUGCCUCAGUUUGGUUAAUACUGACACUGGGAGAGAAGAAACCACCUUUUACUUCUGCAACCUGGGGGAGGACAGGUAGGAAUAAAGGAAUAGGAUUAAAGCGCAAGGCUCCCGCCCAUCUCCCUGUCUAUGACUCCCUAAAAUGCAGCUUAGCCAGUGAUCAAGCUGUGAGGGCCUCAAUCACUCCAGGCCUGCCUUUCUGCUCUGACCCUGCACCUGGAAGCGCUGCCAGGAGCAUGAGUGUGGGGAGGCUUAACCGCUACAGCAUUGUGUCAUCUGAGGAAGAGGGCCUUCGCCUCACUACCAUGCAUGGCAUGAACGGCUUUGGCAAUGGCAAGAUCCACACACGCCGCAAGUGCCGCAACCGUUUCGUCAAAAAGAAUGGCCAGUGCAAUGUGCAGUUUGCCAAUAUGGAAGAUAAGUCACAGCGCUACUUGGCCGACAUCUUCACCACAUGUGUCGAUAUUCGCUGGCGAUGGAUGCUGGUAGUCUUUACUCUUGUGUUUGUUAUCUCCUGGCUGGCCUUCGGCUUGGCCUUUUGGGUCAUUGCUUUACUACACGGAGAUCUGGAUAAUCCCGCCGGAGAUGAUAACUUCACUCCAUGUGUUCUACAAGUCAAUGGAUUUGUGGCUGCCUUUCUAUUCUCCAUUGAAACACAAUCUACUAUAGGUUAUGGCUAUCGCUGCGUGACUGAGGAGUGCCCAGUGGCCGUCUUCAUGGUGGUCUUCCAGUCCAUAGUGGGCUGCAUCAUUGACUGCUUUAUGAUUGGCGCCAUCAUGGCGAAGAUGGCGAGGCCGAAGAAGCGAGCACAAACACUGUUAUUUAGCCACAAUGCUGUCAUUGCCAUGCGGGAUGGAAAGCUGUGCCUCAUGUGGAGGGUUGGGAACCUUCGCAAGAGCCACAUUGUAGAGGCCCAUGUCAGGGCACAGCUCAUCAAACCUAGGAUCACUGAUGAGGGGGAAUAUAUUCCUCUAGACCAGAUAGACAUUAAUGUCGGCUUUGAUAAAGGCCUGGACAGGAUUUUCUUGGUUUCACCCAUCACUAUUCUCCAUGAGAUAGAUGAGGAGAGCCCCCUGUUUGGGAUCAGCAAACAGGACUUGGAGACAGCAGACUUUGAGAUUGUUGUCAUCUUGGAGGGGAUGGUUGAAGCCACCGCUAUGACCACACAGGCUCGUAGCUCCUACUUGGCCUCGGAGGUCCUUUGGGGUCACCGUUUCGAACCGGUCUUGUUUGAGGAGAAGAAUGUGUACAAGGUGGAUUACUCUCACUUUCACAAAACCUACGAGGUGCCGUCCACCCCCCGCUGCAGUGCCAAGGACAUGGUGGAGAACAAAUUUUUAGUCCCCAGCUCUAACUCCUUCUGCUAUGAAAAUGAGCUGGCCUUCCUAAGCCGCGAUGAGGAGGAGGAGGAUGUAGGUGGUGGGAGCAGGGCACUGGCCAACCUCAGUCCCGACCGAAACAGCCGACAUGAGUUUGAACGCUUACAGACCACCAGGGUGCUGGAUCAAAGGUCAUAUCGUAGAGAGUCGGAAAUAUGACCUCUACCCAUUGACCCUGGGUCAACAUUCAAUAACUUUAUCCAAGGGUAAAAAUGCAGAACAAUGCAAAGUGCCAUAGGAAAAGCUGACUACUGUGAGAGAUUGGGAAAUUAAUAAGACAACAGUAAAAGGGACUUAACUGGAAGAAAUGGGGGAAAGAAGAGUACACAGCUUAGAAAAUUGUGGUAAGGAAUGUCUACAAUCAAGGAAAAGGCUAGGGAAAGACCUUCUUCCUUAACUGAAACUUGAAUCUUUUUUCACAUGGUCAUUUUGAGUUGAGUGUUCAAUGAUGCAUCAAAAACUAUUAUAACAAAACCUUAUAAUCAAGUCUUAGGUGUAAAUACAUUGAUUAGUUAAGUUAUGUUUUGUGUGUUGUAUCAGUUUCCAAAAACACUUCAAAAAAUAGAAGUUGCUUUUUAAACUUGUUGCAAGGCUAUUCUUAAGCUCUCCUUGCAUUGUUGUAAUUUGCUGGACCUGUGUUCAUUGACACAUUGAAAAUCCGUGCACUGCGUUCAGAUGCAACGAGACGUGAAAAAACAUCUGACCGUGAGCCACUGAGAACAACACAAUUCAACACCUUCAUUUUAGAAUUGGUGUGAUCCCAAAAUCUACCAAUGUAGGCAGAGUAGGCAAAAUGAAUUGCACUAUAAAGAACAUAAAGAAAUAUGUUGAACAGAAAUUGAAUUGUUUCGAGGAACAGUCUAUUUAUAAUCUCUUAAUGCCUCAUAUUUUAACGUUAAAAACAAACAUCUUACAAGCCACCAACAUCAUGAUUUGGCUGCACUGGCCAACACAUAUCAUGUAUCAUGUACAGUACACACAUUGAUACAUAGUCAGGUAAACAAAACACAAGCACAAAUAGAAGACUGUCUUAAAUUAACAUUGCAGGAUACAGGCUGCAAUAUCCAAGUUUGUAUGGAUCACAUUAAUAACUUAAUAGCAGCAAUUUGUAACUCCAAAAAAGGAAUGCAUCUUAAAAUGUAUCUUUACCUUUACAAUAAAAAGUAUCUAAUAAGCUAAGUUAAACUAAAA